AUGCCGGAAGCGCAAGCUGUUAUCAGCGAUGCGACGGGGGUCAGCCUGAGUGUAAAAGAUGUCGUGCGAGUGGUUAUGCUUGAUCGAAUCAAGGAAAUUGAAUCCAAGAUCAGAGAAAUUGAACUACGACGAGAACGAUCAGUUAUGUCGUCCCAACGUCCAAGCCCCUGUACUUCCAACGAAUCACCCAACGCCGACAUAUCAACACUGGAGUCGGGCUCCCAGUCCCCCUCUCCGCCCUCUGCUCCUGAUAGGUUUCCGCACACGGCCUCGAAAUCUCCAUCACAGCCAAUGUUAAAUACGCCCUGGUUCGACUCGGGCGUGCUGUCGUACAAGGGGAGUUUGAACUUGAAUUUGCCUGUGGAAGUGUCCAACAUCUUCUUGAAUAUGUUCAUGCAACGAAGGUCGAUUAGUGGAUUCGAGCUCCAUAUAGACAGAGUAAUUAGGAGCUUUCAGCCCAGGCGGUCUGAUGCCCCAGUGCCCGCUCUAUUAUAUACAAUAUUACUGCUUGGGUGUCAUUUUAUCCCGGAUCCCGAGUUGAAGUUCUGGGAGAGCGUGCUCUUUGAGCGCGCAAAACUAGAGAUCGAUGCAAACAUUACACGAGCUCAUGCAAAUGACAGCAAGGAAUAUAAUCCUUUACAUCAUUUACAGGCGAUGGUCAUGCUCGGACAGUGGUUUUACCUAAAAAACCGGUUACUCGAGGGCCAUGUAUUUAUUGUUCGUGCCACUCGGUUCGCGGCCGCACUGGGUCUACAUGAACUGGAUUCUUGUAUUUAUGGCCACUAUGUAGCCCGAGUUAUGGGUUCAUCUAAGAGGAAGAUGGGACGAUGGAGUCCACGGGACUCGGUGGAGCUUGGCGAAGCCAUCAAUCUAUGGUGGGCCUGUUUUGAACGAGAUUAUGGGGGAAGCCUCAUAAAUGGACUACCUCCGUCUAUAUCACUAAAAGAUAUUAAAACGGGUUGGCCUGUUGCACUCGCCGAUUUUGAAGCUGUGGACUCUGGAUUAUUCAACACUAACUAUUCAGUCGCGUCUUUACUAGAUAUAAGGUACUAUCACGCCAUUGGUGACGUCUCUCAAGAUAGCUCGAAUUGCAUUCUGGCCAAGUGCGUCACAUUAGUCCAUUGCGCUGGUAUGCUGGACACUGAGCGGAUCUCAGGAUCAGAGGUGACAGACGAAUGGUGGGCACGAUUCGAAGAGUGUGAUCGCGCAAUCGAUAUUUUCACAACAUCGGUCCAAAGGGCAUAUGUUAAUCGUGAUAUCCAGGAGGUCGCGAUCAUUGCAUUGAGUCACACCGCAGUUGAUUCCGCCACCAUUCAGCUCCAUGGUCCUUUAGCUGAUUAUAAGUUACAAAUAGGCGCUCAAGGUGAUCCUCGAGGCAUCCGGCCAGACAACUCCUUGGGAGGGUACAGUUACACCCGAUGCAUCGAAGCAUGUCGAAGCAUAGCGCUGAUAACCGCAUACAUUGAGAACAUCGACAUUAACCAUAUGCAGAUGUUUUUCGGCGUCUCAUUGUCGUGUGCUGCACAGGUUUUAGCCAAACAAAUCCCUAGAUUACGCGAAAGCGGCCACACGGCACAGGCACAGGAGAUGGAGCGACAGAUCUCCAUAAUAGCCAAAAGUAUGGAAAAGUUAUUUGCUAUCUAUCCUGUACUCGGUGAGCAGCUUGAUGUCCGAACACUUGAGUGUCUGGCCGUUGGCUCGAGGUGUCAAUACCAGAAUGAGAUGUACCAAACACGGACCGAAGCACUUCAACACAAAAUCAAGGAGCUUGAAGCUCAAAUACAGGGACUCGAACACCAAAACCUUGAUUUAUCUUCACUCCAGAGAGCAGAUGGGAAUCCUCUGUACCCAUCUCCUGGAUUAUCUUAUAGGUCGUCUUGCUCGCCAGUGUCUCAGGUUCCUAUAACACCUCCAGUAGUUACUGACUCUAUUGAGGGCGCCAUGUCAUACUCAAUCCGUGAUUUGCCUUCCGUGUCCUCUAUUUUGCCAUCAGAGUCACAGCUAAGUCGUGAUCAACCAAAUUCGGAAGGGCCGGAACCAUCGGCUGAGGUCGUGAGGCACCUGCUAGGUGUUUUUGCUGAGCGACGUGUUCAAUGUUGUUUUGAACUCGACCUGGAGACAGUGUUGCGUGGUCUAGAACCUGGAUCUGCUACACCUAUUGUACCUGCACUAUACUACGCGAUGCUCCUUAUUGCCUGUCACUUUACCCAAGAUCCUGUCUUAAAAAUAUGGGAGACCGUCUUUGUCCAGCGUGUCAGAUGGGAAAUUGACAAUAAUAUCACGCGGUCCCACAGAGGUAGGACACACAACUACAACUCUUUGCACCAUUUAGUGUCGCCUGCUGGAGGGUCAUGUCCACACCAGCCAGGCAACUCGGUUCGCAAUGGCACUCGGCUUGCAUCGGCUGCAUUCGCGUGUCUUCCGGGAAAGUUCUAG